AGAAAGAAAAGAUUUCGUGAAAAUUCCGAGUCUGAUACGAAAAUGUCGAAAAGAGAAAUGGCAAACGUGACGGAAUCAGAAUUGCAGAGGAUACGCGAAGUUCGAAAAUUCGCAUCACGAUUAAACGCAAAAGAAAAAACAAUUAAUUACAACGAGAUAUCGUUAGCCACAACUUCAAAAAACAACACUUCAGAUUUAAGAGUAUCUUCCUUAAAAAGAGUAAAUACGAGAGGUACAGACGACAGGAAAGACAAUUGCAAAAGGCGAAAACAAAUUGAUACAAAAAGUAAACCUAAGAUUAAGGCGGUAACCUCAUUAAUUUCAGUGCGAUUUGUAAAAGGCAAACAACAGUGGCGAAUCACAAAUGCUAUUUAA